AUGGUGGGUCAUGAGAACUUUAUGGUGAUGCCAAAACUGAACGAUGUGCCGAAAACUGAACGAUUGGCACCAGGAAGUGAACGGUGGCCCGUUAGAUUUUUAAAACGCCACUCAAGAAAACUUGGCCAGAAAGCUAAGCUACAUGUCGGAAGAGGUUCAUUCAAGUCGGGAACAUUUAAGAAGUUAACAGGGAAUAGCCAAGGCGGGGGACUCAUUGUUGUUGGACCUUUCGAUAAAGACGCUGACUGUGUGACAGAAAUAAGAGAUGAGGCUUUUAGAAAAUUUCAAAGCUUGCACCGUGAAUUCAGGAAGCAAUACCACACGGCACAUGAUAUGACGCUAGUCUAUCCAGAUGGUUCAAAAGUAUGUGGCCUUCCUGAUGGGUCUGCAGAUUUCUCAAUAAAGGGUUAUCGUGAUUACCUAGACCCGCAUAAAAAAUACGACAGACUGAGGUUUUUCUUGGUUCCAACAGUUGAAAUCGGGGAAGAAGUGGACCUAGUUUCUGCUGACGAUUCUUCCAGCUCUCUUCCUGAUCUAUCCGACAUUAUUGAAUCUCAAACUCUCUCAAAUGUCUUGCGUGACAUACGUGGAACAGCUCAUGAAGCAAAGGAUCAGGAAGAGGAAUGUGAAUCAUCUUGCAGUCCUCCGCUUGGAACAUCAAGUCAAAUAGAUCUAACAUAUGAUGACACUCUCCCUCUGGUAGUAAAAGUGCGAUUCACAUCUAACGGUCAUGCCAUCUUGACUGGGCGUUUUGAGAUAUCUGACAAAGUAGAGGAGCUGGUGCGAUAUGUGCAGUCGUCCGGAACAUUGCAGGGUAGCAAUUUCCAGCUACUGAAAAACGGCGAAAUACUAGAAACAAGGAAUGAGCUGCAUAGCUACAUUGGAAACCCUAAUGAAGUGGUGGAAAUCGAAGUAAAGCAAGUCGUCGAAAGAAGUGAGAGAGUUUUCGCUGGCCUUGGCCGCCGCUGCCUUUCUCUACGUCGACCAAGAAUCGAAACUGAAACAAGCGCCACACGGUAAGUUUUCUUAUGUUACAAACUGUUCUUCGUUCAUUGUUAACGCUAGAUGUUUAUAUUGCAUCAUAGGUGAGUGUACA